CCUAUUUUGUGUAAAUUUGCACACACCACACCAACACCUUGACCAUGUGUGGCAGCAGCCUUUGCUGAGUUCAUUAUUCUGUCUGGUAUAGUGAGUGAUCUGGAAGACAUCCAUAUUGAGCUUUCAUUCAAUCAAUGCUGCCAUGACAGAACAAAUAGCAUCUUCGGAUUUGAUGGACUGCGGCCCUGUAUCUUGUGAUCUGAAUUUCAUGGAGGCUAUCAGUCAGAAGAUGAGAAUUCCUAACAGACUGAAAGUGACCGAGGAGCUGGGAGAUGAAGAGAAAGCAGAAGAUAGUCAGCUAUCAACAUUACACAUGCAGAUUCCUGAAAGAAUAUCAAUGGGAGAAACAGAAAUGCAGGAUAUUGGAGCAAGGCCGUAUUUGCAUAGUUGGUUCCACAAUAAUCCUGUGACUAUAGAUCCUCCACCACUUAGUGUCUCUCCUCAAUUAAUGUUUGGAACCUCCCAAGCUAUGAAUGUGGAUAGAUCCGAGAGUCCAUUCCAGAUGAUUGCCUCCCAGAAUUCCAGUAGAUCACGAACAUUAAGUGAGAAUGAGUUCUGUCUAUCAAGUCUGCCCAGAAGACAGAGGAAUUUGAAUCAUCGCUCCAAUGUUCCAAAGCCUCCCUUCCUUUCACCUGGACCUGGCCAGGCAAUAUUUUCAUUUCAUAAUGUGUGCAAUGUAUUAAGUUAUGCUGGACGCAAGUUGUUCGAGUAUUUAACGGAAUCAGUCUGUCAGAAAACGGGAAGCAGAAAUCGGUUCCAUAAUCAGCCCCUUUCUGGCAGCAUAUACUCAGAUGCGACUAAUCAAACGAGGAAUCAAAGCAUGGCCCCUGAUUACACUAUACCUGAAGGUGUGCUAGAAAAUUUCAGUGUAAUGGAAGUUGUAACCCUCCGACGACAGUUGAACAAGUUGAAUCGCCGCCUACAAUUAUUAGAACAGGAGAGUCGGGACCAUGCUCGGAAAGAAUUUGUUCUCUAUUCCAUCAUUUUUGCAGCCUGUUUUGUCAACAGUUGGCUUUGGCUGAGGAAGUGACAUUGUUCCAACUGCAGUGCUGGAGGGGACUUGUCCCGGGCCCAGCACACAAGUGCAAUUAUGAAGAAAGUAUGUGAAGAUUCAGAAACUUUGGAAAACUUUGAUAAAUUUUGAAAGAGCUGAUUGUGGACUUCAGGAAGGGUAAGACGAAGGAACACAUACCAAUCCUCAUAGAGGGAUCAGAAGUGGAGAGAGUGAGCAGUUUCAAGUUCCUCAGUGUCAAGAUCUCUGAAGAUCUAACCUGGUCCCAACAUAUCGAUGCAGUUAUAAAGAAAGCAAGACAGCGGCUAUACUUAGUUAGGAGUUUGAAGAGAUUUGGUAUGUCAACAAAUACACUCAAAAACUUAUAUACUUGCACCGUGGAGAGCAUUCUGACAGGCUGCAUCACUGUCUGGUAUGGGUGUCGGGUGGGGGGGGGGGGGGUGGCUACUGCACAGGACUGAAAGAAGCUGCAGAGGGUUGUAAAUCUAGUCAAUUUCAUCUUGGGCUCUAGCCUACAAAGUACCCAGGCCAUCUUCAGGGAGCAGUGUCUCAGAAAGGCAGCAUCCAUUAUUAAGGACCUCCAGCACCCAGGGCAUGCCCUUUUCUCAUCAGGCAGGAGCUACAGAAGCCUGAAGGCACACACUCAGCGAUUCAUGAACAGCUUUUUCCCUCUCAUCCGAUUCCUAAACGGACAUUGAAUCCUUGGACACUACCUCACUUUUUUAAUAUACAGCAUUUCUGUUUUUGCACGUUUUAAAAUCUUUUCAAUUUAUGUAUACUGUAACUGAUUUACUUUUUUAUUAUUAUUAUUUUGUAAAUUUUAUUUAUUAUUUUUUUCUCUUCUGUAUUAUGUAUUGCAUUGAACUGCUGCUGCUAAAUUAACAAAUUUUAUGGCACAUGUCAGUGAUAAUAAACCUGAUUCUGAUUCUGGAGACUGGUUGCAUCACAGCAUGGUAUGGAAAUGUUAAUGCCUUCCAAUGGAAAAUCCUACAAAAAAUAGUGGAUACAACCCAGUCCAUUACAGGUAAAGCCCUCGCCAUUAUUGAGUGUUGUGUCAGAAAGCAGCAUCCAUCAUCAGGGACCCCCAACAUCUGGGCCAUUGUCUCUUCUUGCUGCUGCUACAAGGAAGGAGGAACAGGAACCUCAGAGCUCACACCAGGUCUAGGAACAGUUAUCCCUUAACCAUCAGGCUCUUGAACCGGUGGGGAUAACUUCACUUGGCCCAUCACUGAAUUGUUCCCACAGCCUAGGGUCUCACUUUCCAGGAGUUUUAUCUCAUGUUCUUGAUAUUUAUUGCUUAUUUAUUAUUUCUUUUGUAUUUGCAGUUUGAUAUCUUUUGCACAUUGGUUGUUUGCCCAUCCUGUUAACUGGUCUUUCAUCGAUUCUAUAAUGGUUCUUGAAUUUACUGAGCAUACCCAAAAGAAAAUAAAUCUCAGAGUUGUAUAUGG